UCUGACGCGCCGAUAAAGCGGGGUUUAUCCGGACCGGACCUGCGAUGGCUUCGCUGUACCAGAGAUUCACGGGGAAGAUCAACACGACCAAUUCUUUCCCGCACCCACCUGAGGCCAGCCACCUCCUGGGAGGACAGGUUCCGGACGAGGAAAAGAACCCGCAGACCCUCGUCGAUGGCAGACCUCAUGUCCAGUACCGCAAAAAAUGCUUACGGGAGGACGAGGACGACCUGGUGGGCAGCGCUCCGCCCCAGAGGAACUGGAAGGGAAUCGCCAUCGCUCUGGUGGUCAUCCUCUUCAUCUGCUCCCUGAUUGUCACUGCCGUCUUCUUGCUGUCCAUCCCUGUUGACGACACUCUUGCCCGCAAGAAGAAAGUGACUGUAGAGGAUGUUUUUGGUCCUGAUCUUCGGAUCCAUGACCCAGAUGCCAAGUGGCUCAGUGACGACGAGCUGCUCUAUCGUACAAGAGACGGGGACGUUGUCAAGCUCAACGUCGACACGAUGGAGAGAACUGUUGUUGUGGACAGCAAGAUGUUUGACACGUACAAAGCCACGAAGUAUCAGCUGUCUCCAGACAUGCAGCAUGUGAUGUUGGCCUUUCGCGUGACACCAGUCUACCAACACUCUUAUGUGGCCAACUACAUUAUUUGCAGCCUUGUGACACCGGAAACUUGGCUUCUGAGUCCCCCCGAGGUGAGAAACGCUGUCCUGCAGUUUGCUGGAUGGGGCCCCCGAGGGCAGCAGCUGAUCUUCAUAUUUGAAAACAACAUCUACUACAGAGCGACCGUGGAGAGCCGCACCAUCCGCCUGAUUUCUACCGGGAAGGAGGGCAUUGUCUUCAACGGGCUUGCCGAUUGGCUCUAUGAGGAGGAGAUCUUGCAGACCCACAUUACCCACUGGUGGUCUCCAGACGGGCUGUGGCUCGCCUACGCCACUAUAAACGACACUCUGGUGCCGAAGAUGGAGGUGCCCUUCUUCACCAACUCGCCGUACCCAAGCAGUUUGGAGUAUCACUACCCGAAGGCUGGGGAGGAGAACCCUGCAGUUCACCUGUCAGUGGUGAGUCUCAACGGCCCGCUGCACACUGUGGUGAUGAAGAAACCUGAUGACCCCCGAAUAGGGAGGGAAUAUUACAUCACCAUGGUGAAAUGGGCCACCAGCACCAAACUGGCCGUUAACUGGCUGAACCGAGCCCAGAACAACUCCAUCCUGACGCUGUGCGAAGCCACAACUGGAGUCUGCAUCAAGAAACAUGAGGAUGAGAGUGAGAGCUGGCUGCACCGGCAGAAUGAAGCCCCACUGUUUUCCCAAGACGGACACAAGUUCUUCUUCACCAGAGCGAUCCCUCAGGGAGGGAGAGGAAAGUUUUUCCACAUUUCCAUGUCUACCUCCAUGCCGAACACGAGCACAGACAUACUUCAGUCGCUCACCUCUGGAGACUGGGAUGUUACCAGAAUCUUGGCCUACAACCAGAAAUGGAACCUCAUAUACUUUCUGAGCACAGAGGACGACCCAAAACGUCGACACCUGUACAGUGCCGACACCAUUCCCCCAUUCAACCGCUGCUGCCUUUCUUGCGAAUUUAAGUGCGGCUAUGUGGACGUUUCAUUCAGCCACCACAUGAAGUACUUCCUCCUCCACUGUAAAGGUCCAGAUGUACCUGGUGUGGCCGUCUACACAACGGACGACAAAAAGAAGUUGUUUGAUGUGGAGACGAAUGAAAGGGUGAACAACACUUACAACAACAUGCAGAUGCCUCGAGUGGGGUAUAAAACCAUCACUAUCGAUGACUACACUCUGACGAUGCAGAUUCUGAAGCCUGCUGGAUUUGUGAGCACAACACAUUACCCCUUACUGCUGCUCGUGGACGGCACGCCCGGCGGGCAGAUGGUGACGGAGCAGUUCCAGGUUGACUGGGCCACAGUUCUGGUCAGCAGUUUCAGCACCAUCGUGGUCCGACUUGACGGCCACGGGAGCGGGUUCCAGGGCACCAACCUCCUGCACAAGGUCCGCAGAAAGUUGGGAAGGCUCGAAAAGCAUGACCACCUGGAGGCGCUCAGGUUCAUAUCCAAGGAAGCAUUCAUUGAUAAGAAUCGGAUGGGAGUGUACGGAAAGGCCUAUGGAGGAUAUUUAGCCACGAUACUUCUGAGCUCGGAGGACUUCACCGACCUUACAUGCGGGGCAGCGGUCUCCCCCAUCUCAGAUUUUGAACUAUACGCUUCUGCGUUUUCAGAGCGAUACCUCGGCUCACCAAAGACAGACUCUCGAGUCUAUCAGUUUGCAAAUUUAGCACACAAGGCCGGUCAGCUGCUGGAGAAGCAGUACUUGAUAAUCCACCCGACUGCAGACGAAAAGGUUCACUUCCAGCACACAGCCAAAUUUAUCAACCAUUUAAUUGGCGAGAAGGCAAAUUAUACUUUACAGAUCUACCCCGAUGAAGGUCACUUCCUGCACAGUGAGGGCACACAGCAGCACCUGAGCCAAUCGCUAGUCAACUUCUUCGAGGCGUGUUUCCACGUUCCGGAGAUACAGGAGGUGGAGCUACAGGAUGAAGAACUGGGCAUCUAUUAAACCCACUUCUCUGGCAGGAGCACAACACGGACCACAGCACAGAAUGCAAACAGAUGUUUGCGACCCGACUCCACCCGUAAAAUCUGAUCUCAGCCCCGAAGUGCAGACACCUGCAUGGCCGACAGUCCCUGUCCUCAGUCUGACUAUGGCUCUGAUGCAGACCCCAGAAACAUCAUCAACGUCAGCACUUCCCCAAGUGGAAGCUGUCUGUAGUGCUCUCUGGUGGACAAAUGGAGGAAUGACUGUUCCAAAUGCACAUUGUUUGACAGCUUUGCAGCACAAAAAUCCCCCCCUCCCCAGUGGAGAGACUGUCACCCGUACGUAUGAUUAUUGCUGCUUGUUUCUCUGAAUCUGUUCAGUGUCUUACAGUUGUACUGUGUCUCUGAGUGCAUGUCUGGCUGCAUCAGUACGUCGGUUAUGUUGUACAUCCUAAAAACUAAGCAUCGAUAUUUACAUGGUUUCAAAUCUCGCAUACUUUCAAACUGUUUUUUAGUCACCGUGCCUUACUGUUCACGUUAGGAGCUCAAACCUGAGGAAGUCUUAACAGAUCUUAUGGG